UCCAACAGUCUGAAGUCACGGAGGUAGGCAACACAGGGCGGAGGUUGCGCAUGCUGUAUUGAUUGCAGACCGGCAUCCAUCUACCCACCUCACCUUUCAUUACACACCACUCGUCUCAUCCCCUCCGCCCAUCCAAGUCUGGCCGCCCUCACUUGCCUCUGGAGGUCCGUGUUCGUCGACCCAACUUGGCGGAAAGGAUCUCGCGCUACACUUGUUUUAUGCAUCCACAUCUUCAGCUCAUAGCGAAUGGAUGAACAAUAUUCAAAUUCUGGUAGCUGCGGGGCGGAUGCAGAGGGAUCUCAUAGUGCUAACGCACCAGCCGGUCAGCAAGGUCUGCAUGCUGCUUUGGAUGAGUCAUCUUCUAGUGCUAGAAGUGGAGAUCCACCCGCCCCAACAUCACGAAUAUCUCUCAAGCAUGUUGUCAGUGUCAUUCAGACUUUCAGCGACUACAAGAAAUGGCUUGUGGAAGAGAUUGGUUUUGGAGGUGUGCUCAAGCUCCCUGAUAUUCAGAAGUUAAAUCUGAGAUGCAGUGCCUGGAUUAUGAGUAGGGUCAGUGUUAGCCGUAGAGAGAUAAGGCUGUCUGAGAGUAAGGUGCUCAAGUUCUAUGUUGAGGAUGUCUACAAGGUGUUUGGGAUCCCUUGUGGUAACCGUAGCGUCAAAGGGAGGGAUGCAAAUAUCAAUCCAUAAGCAAUCCACUUCAUCAAGUCAACCCUUGAAAUGAAUAAGACUGGAGUUCAUAGCUUGCGCGCGGCAGAAAAUUUCCUCAUGCGUGAUAUCAAUGAGAAUUCUAGCAAGCUCGAGAAAGAUUGUUUUCAAAUUGCAUUUGUCAUAUUUGUCAUGGGCCAUGUACUCGCUCCCACCACGAAGCACAACUACUCGACCAUUGAUUUCUGGGGUGCAAUAGCCAACACUGAAAUGAUACAGCAGUUCAACUGGUGUGAGUAUGUCCUCCAGUUUUUGCUCGACCCCGUUCGCAAACUUAAGAGAGAUAUGGUCAUGAACAAUCAUUCAACCAACCUCACUGGAUGUCAUUUCUUCUUUCAGGUAUUUCUGCUCGACAAUCUUGAUCUUGGUAUAUUGAAUAAGCCACACAAUGUUCUACCAAGGAUCAUUGCCUUCGACCCAGAUACACUCAACAAAAUGCUCAUCAUGGCUCACGACCCAGUUAAAGGGGCUAUGUCAUACUCGCAUGCAAACCUACGAGACCCGGCGAAUGUAUGUUACGUGCGACACAAGGUUCAUUACACCUGUCCGUCGUCUUCCAACACCAACCAAUUGCGAAGGCCAGGAACCACUCCAUGGUUUGCGAAAACCCACACGACAGAAUCCCCUCGUACUGGACUAGGUGGCCAGCAGGAGAACCUUGCGACUCCAAACACAACGCCACGUGUAGUAGGGCCUCUUGAUCUUGCCAACUUCUUGCGUCAGCAGUACCCGCACCUUGUGACUGAUGAGAUAACAAUGAUCAUGAAGCAGCAUAAUGCUAGCUCAAUUAGGCAUUUGACGGAAGCAGCCAACGCCAUCCAAGGGGUUCUAUCGCAGGCAAAAAAAUGCAUUGCAGUCCGAUAUGCUCAAUUAUUCAGAGAAAAUUCUGAAAUCAAUUUCUAGCCGGUGCCUUUGUUGUCGUACGAGAGGCAUUGCCGAUUGUCAUGCAUCAGGUGUUGCAACUGGCAAGAAUGUUCGUUUUAGCACUCCUGUCGCACACAGAAUCCAGGGUCACAGGCUUGAUAUGUCUAAUGGUGAAGCGAUUUCACCGCUUAACCAGGUUGGGUCAUCAAGGAAACGUAACGCAAGCAACGAAGACUCCGCAUCUGCAAGCAAAAAAUCAUUUUCAGAAUCAUCCAUUGUGAUUAACUUCUUCAAAGACACCGUCCGCAAAGUUGCACAAAUGUAUGCUGAUCUCCUAGCGAACACAACCGUUACUGUCUUUGGCCAAACUCAGGGUAAACUACCAAAGAGGAAGUACAUUUUUCAGCAUGGUUUUGCAACCAAUCCAUGGGAGCGCGGAGUUUUACCACUGCCACCACACGCUGGAACCACAGAUAUGAUAGUUGAAUACUUCUCCAACUUACCUGAGAGUGAUCUCCAAAGGCAUUAUGUUAUCCACCACUCCCCCAGGCUUGUCCGCAUUACAGGGCUCUCUUUGUGUCAUCGGCUCAUUGGCAGUCGGAGUCUCGAUCAUGAACUUGUUUCCAUCAUGUGUAGAAGGUACACUCAGUCCGAUAUGGAAGCCAAUAGGGAAUGUCCAUACCUCAACUGGAGGCACAACAUGGAACCAGAGUUUGCGACAAUUGUGUUGUCCGACCAUGACUAUGUAAACAACAUUUCGAUUCAGAAGCAACUAGUCGGCAAGGACAUUCCUUAUGAUAUAACUUCAUCUCAGAUGUUCUUCCUGCCAGUACCCCUCGAAGCUGGUUGGGUUAUUUUGAUGUGGGACAUGAUGUCGAGGAAGACCCAUUUUUGGACCCGAAUAUCAAAGGGAAUGGCCCUGAUGAAUUCACGAAGGAUAAGCAUGAACUUAUUGCAUGGAAGCUUCACCAUGCGCUAUUCCAUUGCCUGAAUGAGUAUUAUGCAGGAUGGCCAUCCCAGGAUGGUCAGUGGCAAACGGUCUACCCUGUAGUAGCUGAAGAAACAUUCCGCAGCGAAGAAUCAGGGGCUUGUGUCCUGCAUAUAGCCCGACAGUAUGAUGGCACCAAACUCAAGAUCCCGCUCACGAAGGACUUCCAGGUUCCUCGCUAACAGAUUGUCACCAUCAAUCUGUUCCUGCAUUGCAAGUGGUGGGCUUUUGUUCUCAAGAUCAUCCCAAUCAAUGUCGUCUUUCUCAUCAUUUCUUUCGACCGCUGGGUUGCCAUUGCCAUGUGCAUGAACUAGAGUUGAGGGCUCUGUUUUUCAAGUCAGAGCAGUUUGUCAAUACAGUGAUUUCAAUCCGAAUACGAAUCACUUACAUUAAUCUUCAUGAGUUUGCUGGUAACUACUCACCUCUACUGUUACCACCUAAGCCCAAUCCUGAUAGCAAAUUUGUAGCUUCCUCGAAGAUUCCUGUCGAUAGCAAUAUUAAUUACAGCCUUUGUACUUCACGCGACAGAGGAAACACACAGCUUAUGUGCUCUUAUAAUUACUUACCAUCAAACAAUUCUAGAUUGUCAACAGCUCGUUCGACCAAGUUCAGAGCUGCUAUGGCCAGGCUCCUCAGCCGUUCGGCUCUCCCAUUGUUAGCUGGCUCAUCAAUAUCGUCCGAGACAACUAGGUUCGAUUCAUGUAUCCUGAGCGACAAACCCUUCUGACUUCUUGUGUCUACAAGACCAAACAAACAGGCUUAUAAUUGUUGCAAAGUUAGGCUUCACUUGAUUUUCAUUUCCACAUAUUAACAGAUAAGAAUUACUAUAACUAAACAAAGCAUAUGGACGCUCACAUUCGAUGAGUUUUUAGCCUGUUGCUUAUUGCCGUUAGUUCAUCUGACGGAUUAUUUCCAUCCACAGCUCGACGGACCAAACCCCCUUCCGUUGAGAUCCCUUCACUGUUCAGAGCCCUCGAAAGCACACUGCUGCUGCUUCCUCCUUGCCACCCAGUGCCUCUAUACUGAAGUUUGGCCCUCACCCGGCUCAAACUACGUGGUGCUCGCACUGUCACCAACAAAAUUCGAAUGCACUUACAUAUUAGGAAAAUUUAUAAUGGAUUUGCUUAUUCGGACAUUUUAUUGAUUUACUUAUGCCUGUACGAACCUGCGAUCGGCACAUUCUCUAAACCACCUGAGAUAUGGAUGCUCCCUGGUCGGCGGUUCGUUUGUAUUGGUUCACCUGCAAUUGGAGCAAGGUAGACAUCAGUCGACACAUUUUUUCUUUAUGUUUACUUCAUUCUUGUACACAAAUUCCAACCUCUGUUCUCAGCCCUUUGCAGUCUUCUAGCAGCUCAUUCGUGUGGGUGUACAUAGUGGUCAUCACUGUCGCUACUCGAUGAUUCAAUUUGUUCAUCCAUUUUCUCUUUUCCCUUGCCUGGAGCAUGCUCACCAGAGGUUCCACUGUCUGUAUGCUCUGCUCUCCCCGGCCUAGAUUCCCUGUCUGACAUACGCCUGACUUGAGCAGUCACAAUCUCUGGUUGAACUUGCUGCAAAGCCUCCAUCUGCGCUGCAAUGACAUAUGACGCUCAUAGAUGCUUACAUGGAUUAACCUAUAAGCCACCAGGCUGUCCAACAAUUGGAUUCCACACCUCAUCUAUGCCAUCAAGGUAGCCCACUGGUUUUGUCUGCCCAACACGAAAUCAUCGUGUCAGCAAAACAUUUUAUGUAUAAUACACAUGCGAAGGAAGAAGUGUCACGUCAUAUAAGAACACCCAAGGCUGUGUGAUGUCAAAGUAAUCGUUGCCAAGUUAGUGUCAACAGUUGUACAAACCAAAGUGUUAUGAAAGAUGAUGUAUUAUUUUAACUUACAAUGAUAGCCAAGUGGCAACCUGGUAAUCUUAA